AUGUCUUCUCCUCGUGCCUCCUCCCCCUCCUCCGCGCCCGCUGGCCCUGCCGGUGUUAGCUCUGCGCGCCCCUCCUCGCCUCCUCCCCCGGGCGGUGCCCGUACCGCCAUCCGUCGCCGUGCCGCUGCCGACCAGAAGGAGAAGAUUGCCAAUGCUCGCCCCAACAGCACGCGCGCCGCUGGCGCCGGUGGCUCCAGCAGCACCAUGCUCCGUCUCUACACCGAUGAGAGCCCCGGCCUCAAGGUCGACCCCGUUGUCGUCCUGGUCCUGUCGCUGGUCUUCAUCUUCAGCGUUGUUGCUCUUCACAUCAUCGCCAAGAUCACCCGCAAGUUCUCCAGCUAA